AAACUAACAUCAUGAUGUUGCUUGGUUGCUGCUGUACUAACUGCUUCUCUUAUAACUCCUUCAUAUCUUAUACCUAGGAGUGUUUUUAAAACUCUCCAAGACUUUCUCUUUCUCAUUUAGGUUGUCUGGUUCUUUUUCUUUGUUACUUAUUAGUUUCAACUCCUCCCUCUUCUUAUUAGUUUCUCUUUCUCAUAACUAUAACUAUAACUAUAACUAUAUCCAUAACCCAUAAUUAGGUAGACAAAAAGAAGAGUCAUCAGUUCCCUUAAUAUCUCCAACUGAGUGUUUCUAGGAGCCCAAGAUUUGCUAAAUCAUUAGAUUUCUAAUUUCUUUCUUACCAAUAACCUUAUUUUGGGUUUUGGAUUUUCAUUUUACAAAAAAGGAGAAAGAAAGAAAAAGAUUUGAUGGCUCAGUUACCUCCCAAAAUACCUACAAUGACUCCAAAUUGGCUUCCUUUUCCUCAUCAACCAAUUUCAAAUGAUAACUUUUUUACCAAUACUGCCAUUGCGGCCACCGCCACCGCCACCGCUGUAGUUGAGAAUUAUCAAUCCAAGAGGUUUGAUGAAUUCUUGGACUUCACGUCUUCCAGACGUGGAGUUCACCGCCGGUCGAUAAGCGAUUCAAUUACAUUUCUUGAGACAAGCAGCGCCACCCAAUCUGCGGAAGAAUGCAACAAUAGCGGCAACAAUAAUAAUAAUUCUUCGAAUGCCUUCAUUUCCGGGAAUCUUGGAUUUGACAAGUUAGAUGAUGACGAGCAGCUUAUGUCAAUGUUCUUUGACGACAUGUCGUUGUCAUUGCCGCCAUCUACAUCAAACCCGUCGACCCCGUCGGAUCAGAACAGCAAUAACGAUGAGAAAACAAUGGCGGCAUCAGAUCAACGACAACAACAACAACUGCAAUCUCAUCAGCAACAGGAGCAACAGAAAGCCAAGAACGAACCUGGAGAGGAGGAAAGCUCAAUAUGCAAUCAAGAAACAACACAGCAGCCUACCAUUAUCGAUCCAAAGAGAGUUAAAAGAAUAUUAGCAAAUCGUCAAUCUGCACAAAGGUCAAGAGUGAGAAAGUUACAAUACAUUUCAGAGCUUGAACGUAGCGUCACAACGUUGCAGACGGAAGUAUCAGCAUUGUCUCCAAGAGUUGCAUUUUUGGAUCAUCAAAGGUUGAUUCUCAAUGUUGAUAAUAGUGCUUUAAAGCAAAGGAUUGCUGCCUUAGCUCAAGACAAGAUUUUCAAAGAUGCUCAUCAAGAGGCACUGAAGAAAGAGAUAGAGAGACUAAGGCAAGUGUAUCAUCAACAAAAUCUUAAGAAGAUGAACAACAAUGAAAACAUGCAAUGUACGGACAAGGAGCAGCUUCUCAUGAGUUGAGAGAGAGAGAGAGACACAGAAAAGAAAAAAACAUGAAAAAUGAAAAAAAAAAAAAGAAGAAAUUAAUUAAUGUUUAAUAGUGUAGGGGAUAUGGUAUGUGUGUGCAUUUCUGGUGCUAACCUGGGCUUUCACGUGAUGUGUUUCUUUUGGAGUGGGGCCCUCUGACAAACCUUUAUGACAGAAACACGUGGACUGCUAAGAUAGAGUGGUGGUGGUGAUUACAUUUUUUUUUAAUUAAAUUUUGGAGUGGGGGUUUAUUGGUUUUACCAUUAUUGGGUUGGCUUGGAUAUUUUCUUCAUCUAAUUAUUAUUUUUUUAAUAUUAAAAAUGACUUAUUUUUCAGAUUUUAUUUUAUUUUGUCCAGCAAUAGAUGAUAGUUGUUUGGGAGUGGGGAUGGGGUUGUAUUCGACAACAUGAAAAGGGCAUGUUGUCUGGGGUAAGCAAAUGUUGAUGCUCUGAUGGGUUUAUGUUCUUUUUUUCUUUUUCUUUUUCUAUUUUUUUUAAUUUGUUGAGCCCAAUAAUGUUUUUAUGCCUUCUAUUUUUUAUUUUAAUUCUUUUGGGAAAUUGUAAAAAGAUUUGGAA